UUUUUAUGGCUAAACAAUAUAAUUUUGUAUGGAUAUUCCACAUUUUAUUUACCCACUUGUCAUUUGAUGAAGAUUUGGGUUGUUUUCUCUUUUUGGCUAUUGUGAAUAACGUUGCUGUGAACAUUCACAUACAAGUUUUCGUGUGAACUUACAUUUUUAUUUCUCUUGGAAAAAUAUACCUGAGUUGAAUUGCUGCGUCAUGUAGUAACUCUGUUUAAACCUUUGAAAAACUGCCACACUGUUUUCCAAAUUGUCUAUACCAUUUAUAAUCCCACAAGCAAUAUAUGAGGGUUUCAAUUUCUCAACAUUCUUGCCAACAUUUGUCUUUUUUGUUGUUGUUGUUAUGUCUUUUUGAUUACAGCCAUCCUGGUGAGUGUGAAGUGAUAUCUCAUUGUGGUUUCCAUUUGUUAUUUCCCUAAUGACUAAUGAUGUUGAGCAUCUUUCCAUGUGCUUAUUGGCCAUUCAUAUAUCUGUUUUUUUGUAUUCAGAUCCUUUGCCCGUUUAAAAAAAUGGAUUUCCUUUUUAAAUGCUGAGUCAUAAGAAUUCUUUAGGUAGUCUAGAUAAAAGUUCCUUAUUAGGUAUAUGAUUUACAGGAAUGUUCUCACAUUCAGUGGAUUGGAUUUUCACUUUGGUGAUGGUGUUCUUUGAAGCAUGAAAGUUUUAAAUUUUAAUGAAGUCCAUUUAAGAGUUUUGUAGUUUUAGCUCUUACAUUUAGGUCUGUGAUACACAUAGUGAGUUAAUUUUUUAAUAUGGUGUUAGGUAGAGGCCCACCUAACCUAACCUGUUCUUUUGUGUAUGGAUAUUCUGUUUUCCCAGCACCACUUGUUGAGAAGACCAUUUCUUCCCCCAUUGAAUUGGCUUGGUAUCCUUGUUGAAAAUCAAUUGACCGUAAAUGUGAGGGGUUAUUUCUUGGCUCUCAUUUCUGUUCCAUGUGUUCACACAAAAACUUAUAUAUGAAUAUUCAUAGCAACAUUAUGUCUAUCCUUAUGCCAGUACAAACAGUCUUUUGAAAUCCGAAGUGUAUGUCCUCCAGCUUGGUUCUUCUUUUUCAAGAUUGUUUUCAGCUAUUCUGGAUACCUUGCAUUUCCAUAUGAAUUUUACAGUCAUUUUGUCAGUUUCUACAAAGACACCAGCUGGAAUUUUGAUAGUAUUGCAUUGAAUCUGUAGAUCAUUUUCAAGGAGUCUUGCCAUCUUAGUAUUAACUUUUCUAAUCCACGAAUAUAAACUACCUUUCCAUUUAGUUAGGUCUUCUUUAAUCUCUUUCAACAAUGUUGUGGUUUUCAGAUUACAAGUUUUGUGCUUUUUUUUUUAAUUUUAUUUUAUUUUAUUUAUUUAUUUAUUUUUUGCGGUACGCGGGCCUCUCACUGCCGUGGCCUCUCCCGCUGUGGAGCACAGGCUCCGGACGCGCAGGCCCAGCGGCCAUGGCUCACGGGCCCAGCCGCUCCGCGGCAUGUGGGAUCCUCCCAGACCGGGGCACGAACCCGCGUCCCCUGCAUCAGCAGGCGGACUCUUAACCACUGCGCCACCAGGGAAGCCCAAGUUUUGUGCUUUUUUAAAAGAGUAUUGCUAAGUUUUUUAUUCUUUUUGAUACAAUUUUAAAUGGAAUUUUCUUAAUUUCAUUUUCAUAUUGUUCAUUUUUGUAUACUUUUGAUCUUGUACCUUGAAACUUUGCUGAACUCAUUUAUUAGUUCUAAUAGUUUUUUAGUAGAUUCCUUAGGAUUUUCUAAAUACAAGAUCAUGUCACCUGGAAAUAGAGAUAAUUUUACUUCUUCCUUUCUGGAUGCCUUUUGUUCUUUUUCUGGACUCAUUGCCCUGGCUACAGUCUCUGGUACAGCGUUGAAAUGGCAAGAACAGAUCAUCUUUUCUUAAGGCUAUUCUUAUACUUAAUAUAAAAUUAGGUACUUUAUUAGUUAAUCCCAUCAUCUCAAUCCAUUUGUUGCCAUUAGUUGAGGGCUUGUCCUGAAGAGUGAGAGGGGAGGGGAGGGACCAAUACUCGUUUUAGGGACUCAGCCCUGGAGAAUUACGAUUUUCCUCAAUACUGAGUUUGAGCUCUAUGUUCCCCAGAGCAGUGGUCAAAACUCUGACAACAGAGAGGUGCACACAUUAAGUAUGUGGACCUUUCCAAGAGGGUAUUUUAGAGAGUCCUGGGCGCUCUCAGAACCCAGGGCCUCUUCCAGAUGCCGUUUAUAAACCCAAGCAGUACACCUGUCAAAUGGCAGCCAAUUUCCAUGUAGUUAAUGUGCUUAGUUAGAAAUCUAAAGUUUCAUGAAUUUGACAAUUUAGGAUAUGUUCUGAAGUCAGUAUGUCAGUCCAUACCAAAAAUUAUGAAAACAGUCAUAAACUUUAAAAAAAAAAUUUUAUUGGAUUAUGGUUGCUUCACAACAUUGUGUUAGUUUCUGCUAUACAGCAAAGUGAAUCAGUUAUAUGUAUACAUAUAUCUCCUCUUUUUUAGAUUUCCUUCCCAUUUAGGUCACCACAGAGCUCUGAGUAGAGUUCCCUGUGCUAUACAGUAGGUUCUCAUUAGUUAUCUAUUUUAUACAUAGUAGUGUAUAUAUGUCAAUCCCAAUCUCCCAAUUCAUCCCACCCCCUCUCCCCCCUUGGUAUCCAUGAAAACAGUCAUAAACUUUGACUGUUUAAUCUCUGAAUCCUGAGAAUUUAUCCAUCAGAAAUAACUCAGAAGCACCCCCCCAAAAAAAAGAAAAAAAAAGUGUUAAGAUCUUUAAAAGCGGAAGUGGUAGGGAAAAAUCAAGACUAAUUUAAAAAUUUAAAUGUCUAACAGUAUAUAUUGCCAUGAUAGAGUAUUUUUUAAUUUUUUUUUUUUAGAGUUCUUUUGAUGACUUUUUUUUUCGCUGCGUUGGGUCUUCAUUGCUGCACGUGGGCUUUCUCUAGUUGUGGCGAACACGGGCUACUCUUCGUUGCUGUGCUCAUGCUUCUCAUUGUGGUGGCUUCUGUUGUUGCGGAGCAUGGGCUCUAGGUUGUGCAGGUUUCAGUAGUUGCGGCACGCAGGCUUCAGUAGUUGUGGCUCGCGGGCUCUAGUGUGCAGGCUCAGUAGUUGUGGCGCACGAGCUUAGUUGCUCCGCGGCAUGUGGGAUCUUCCCGGACCAGGGCUCGAACCCGUGUCCCUUGCAUUGGCAGGCGGAUCUUAACCACUGUGCCACCAGGGAAGUCCAAAAGAGUAUAUUUUUAUCAAACAUAGAUACAUACUGAUGGAGUAUUAGUUACCAAAAAUGACUAAAUGACUAUAUAAAAUCACUGAAAAAUAUUUACAAAAUGAUGCUAAGUGAAAAAAGAGCACUAAACUAUAAGUACACAGGUUUGUUUGUUUUUUUUUUCUUUGUUGGUAAGCGGGCCUCUCACUAUUGUGGCCUCUCCCGUUGCGGAGCACAGGCUCCAGACGCGCAGGCUCAGCGGCCAUGGCUCACGGGCCCAACCGCUCUGUGGCAUGUGGGAUCUUCCCGGACCGGAGCACGAACCCGUGUCCCCUGCAUCGGCAGGCGGACUCUCAACCACUGCACCACCAGGGAAGCCCAGUACACAGAAAUUGGUGUGUUAGCCAAGACUUUCAUUGACCAAGGGAAGCUCAUCCCAGACGAUGUCAUGACUCGGUUGGUCCUUCAUGAGCUGAAAAAUCUCACCCAAUAUAGCUGGCUAUUGGAUGGUUUUCCAAGGACACUUCCACAGGCAGAAGCCCUGGAUAGAGCUUAUCAGAUAGACACAGUGAUUAAUCUGAACGUGCCCUUUGAGGUCAUCAAGCAACGCCUCACUGCUCGCUGGAUCCAUCCAGGCAGUGGCCGUGUCUACAACAUGGAAUUCAACCCUCCCAAAACCAUGGGCAUUGAUGAUCUGACUGGGGAGCCUCUCAUUCAGCGUGAGGAUGAUAGACCAGAGACGGUUGUCAAGAGACUGAAGGCUUACGAAGCCCAAACAGAGCCCGUCCUGGAAUACUACCGGAAAAAAGGGGUGUUGGAAACAUUCUCCGGAACAGAAACCAACAAGAUCUGGCCAUGUGUAUAUGCUUUCCUACAAACAAAAGUUCCACAAAUAAACCAGAAUGCAUCAGUUACUCCUUGAGGAAAAGUGCAUAUAACUAGUAAGAUGAGAAGCUCCUUGUCUGUGCAUUUAGAAGUUCAUUGUCCUAAGACUCUGGCAUGUAUAAAUUCUUUGAAAAUUGUGUUUUAUUUCUUUUGAUUUUAUUCUGGAAAUUAAGGAUGUGCCAAAUGAGUCAGACGUGAAGAUUCAUCUUUUGAAAUGUCUAUUGUGUUUUAUCCAGUUAUCUUCUAUGGAUGCACAAUUAAAAAACAUCAGAGAUGUCUCAACUUUUGAAAAUUACUGAGCAAAAUUAAAAGAGCAGUUGGUAAUAAUCUAAGUUUUGUUCAGAAGAGGAGUGGUUGAUAAAGUUUCCUUAUUUUUCUUGAAAAGUAAAAAAAAAAAAUUCCAUGUCACUUGUGCAAAGUGUCUUAUCAGAGGCUUUUGUGUAGACUGAUGCUAAAAAAGAGAUCUCUAGCACUGUGGUACAGUUUUGUGGGACACUGUGUCUACAGAAUUCCAGAAAAAAAGCAACGGGAUUUACAGAUUAGUUGCAGAAUGCAAAUUCACUGCUGCCUUUUAUUGACCUAAAACAAACAGACUGCCAGAUAUUUCUCCAGCAACAUCGAGGUCAGCAGAUAAUUGCAUUUUGGGGUCUGCAACCAUGGUGAGCCAUGUGCAAGUCCUCCUCACAGCAAGGGAAGGAGAAUGCUUUUAUAGAGGGAAAAGGAAGCUGGGAGGGCUAUAGUAAACAGAGUCCGUGGCUUUUCAUUGGCUGAGUCCUUGCCAGGAAAGGAGAGUCUGUCUUCUUCUGUUGGGCUCUACUAUCUUCACAAGUCAUGAGAGCUCCCCCUUCUGGUCUCCUGACUCUAAUUGAGGUGUCUAUUAUUUUUUUAUACUUUACACUAGCAAACUUAUAGUAGCCAUAUAUGCUAUAUUUUGUUGUUAAACAUACUUUCAGUUUACUCCAGAUUUUCGAUUUGCUAUAAAAGUAUCAAUUAGCAUAUAGGAAAAUAUAUUUUUCUAUGACUUAUUUUCUUUUGAAAAUAGUUGUGUACUGAGGGAUAUGAUUUGUUAGAAAUUGACAGCAUAAGUUCUUGCAAAAGCACCAAAGUUGAAUUUUCAAUAGAAUAUGUAAUUAAACUCUUAUGUUUUCAGGUGUUACUCAGGUUAAGAAAUGUGUAUUUAGGAUCUACUUGCCAGUUUCUCUUUUUGAUCCAAAUGUAUGAUCUGCCUUGAUGAGUAACAAAGAGAAAGAAAGAAAAGAGACAGACGGAAAGAAAGAAGCAUAAGAGAAAACCCAUGGCACUACGUAAAAGAAGCAUACUUUUUCAUUAGGAAAUCAAUCAUGUUUGCCUGGGGAAAAUUCCCUUGAUAUAAAUAACAAUCAUGAUUAGUAAAGGUGUAGCAAUUAAAAGGAUUUACAUGACAUGUUAAAAAAAAAAACAGGAAACUGAUUGAUUUUGCUUGGAAGAGUUCUUUAUUCCUAAUCAAGGAAGUUGACAGCUACUAGUGUUAACUGCUAUCCUACCUUAAUGGGGAAGAAUUCUGCCGGUGAAUGUAAUCUGAGCAGCCAUUUUAAAACAAAAAAUGAUUUGAUUCCUUAGUGGGGCAACGGGAUGCGUGCUUACACGGUGGCCUCUUAGGAAGAGCAGGGCAAUGAGAGGUGAAGGAGAAAUCCGACAAUAUCUUCAAUCUCUUACUUGGUGCUAGAUGAAAUGAAACAAGUCAUCGUAUAAACAAUUAUUAACUGCCUUUGAAAAUUUGGCCCGUUUUAUGCUAGUCACUGCAAAUACAAAUGCCAGCAAGCGAUUCUUACAUAUCUUGUGGGGGAAAAAAACUUACUUUUCUUAGAUUUUUAAAAAUUCAAUAUUGAUCUUUCAAAAGUGUACCAAGGCUUUAAAGUAUUAUGGUAAACAUUUCAUCCUUCACGAAACUUCCUUUAAUGCCUUAUUUGAAUGUUAAUAUUAUGUGCAUUCUAAAAAUGUUGGGAACUACUAAACUUAUGAAUUAUCAAACAUACAUUAAUAUCAGUGUAUUAGAAUUAAAUGAAAGUUUAGAACUGUGGAUAUUACAUUGUCUUUGGUAAUUCACAGGGCCCACUCUAUCUCACCUUCCCUUCUGCUGCCCUGAUGUCUCAUUUGCUUCUGAAUUAGUGUCUGCUUUCUAAAUAAUAAUUGUCUUAAAACAGUACUAUUUUAGAUACAUAGGCUGGUUUCAUUUUACACUUUAUCUCCUGCCAUAAUACUGCAGCCAUACUGGCCUUCUUGACACCUUCAGGAGAUUUAGAAAUCAAAAAGAGGGAUAGAAGAACAUAGCUAUGAAAAUUAAGACCCUUCUUCCUGUGAUCAUUCCCUCCCCACUCCCAAAACAACCCAAAGUUUUGCACAUACAUCCAUUACUUUGGGAGACGCCCACACUAUUAAAAAAAGAAUUUGUUUUCUGCUAUAAUAACUAUCAUUAUGAUUUAUGUGUCACAUGAAAAUAUGUCUGGAGUUGAAUGCCAUUGCCAGAAGCUAUUAUGCCUUAGUUAAAACUAAUAAGACUUCAACCCAUUACCUUAUUUUCUAGAGUACCACAAGUUAUUUUGGUACACAUUUCAUAAGCAGAAUGUGCUGUGGGAAAUGCAAAGUGGCGGUUAGUACCAUCCAGAAAUCUUAUUUAAUUCCAUUUGAAAUAGUUCAGAUUUCUAAACCCUACCCCACAGCUGCUUCCCCUCCAGCUAUUUACAAUGGUAUUUGAGCAAAAUAUUUUGGACAUUCAUACUUUGUGACAAAACUUACCUAUGUAAGGUAAGUUAAUAAAUCAUGGUAAUUACAGACCUCAGAUUAUAUUAAAUUUCUGUAAUACUGUAACCAACAACAAUAAAUUUGUAUUUUAAAACAUG